AUGAUUUAUAUUUUUGGUGGUUAUGAUGGUCAUUCUUGCACAAAUCAAGUACUCCAUCUUGAUAUAUUACAACAUUUUAAUGCGGAGCUUCCGAUAUGGUCCCAAAAUUCGGCUAUUGGUUUCGAAAGUUGUUGGGCAACUACAGUACUAAUUAAUCAUAAUAAUAACCCGACCAUUUAUCUAGUUGGAGGAUUAAUGCAAGAUCCAAAUCAUGAAGAUUCAUUUACUUCAAUGAUAUAUACACUAAAUCUAAAUUCGGGACAAUGGAAUAUACCUGUAACAAGUGGAAUAGUACCGGAAAGACGUAGAGAUAUUCAAGCGGUCGCUGAUCAUAUGGGAAAUGUUUAUAUUUUUGGUGGAGCAGCUGAUAGAUCUGUGGGAUCAGAAGAUACUAAAUUUUUUAAUGAUAUGGUAAUAUUCAAUGCUGAUUAUUUAACAUGGUCAAAUGGUCCUAUUGUCAAUGCGCCUUUAAAACGGCAUGCUUAUACCGCAACUUUAUUAUCAAGUGGCAUAAUUGUAUACAUUGGUGGUCGUGAACAAACAGAUGAUGGAAAUCUACGUGAAGAUUGUUAUCGGGACUAUCGGGAUUCUAGACCGUCAGCAUAUUAUGAUUGA